AGGGCUGUGCUGUGCCAGCCAGCCUCGGUUCUCUAAAACCACACUUUGUCCACCUUGUUAUCUGCGGCUGUCUGGGCAGAGGAAAUUAAAGAGAUCCACAGCUAAGGGAUUCCUUUGAUUUGCUCAGAGAGAGAGAGAGAGAGAGAUUUGGUUUUUGUUUUGUUUUUUUAAAUCCAGAGGACAGCCUGAAAGUUGGUGGUGGCUGUUGUGUGUGCGCGGUGUGUGCUGUUUUGGCAUGUGGCUACCUUUCCCCCUUCACACACCAGGGCUGUUUGAUGGAGUUUGGAGCUGAGGAAACUUUGGUUUUGUUGCCAGGACGGUUCGCAGCACUUUGUGGCAAGCAAGAGCUAACAGUGCGACCGACAGAGAUGUCUUCCAAGCGACCAGCCUCUCCGUAUGGGGAAGCAGAUGGAGAGGUAGCCAUGGUGACAAGCAGACAGAAAGUGGAAGAAGAGGAGAGUGACGGGCUCCCAGCCUUUCACCUUCCCUUGCAUGUGAGUUUUCCCAACAAGCCUCACUCUGAGGAAUUUCAGCCAGUUUCUCUGUUGACGCAAGAGAGUUGUGGCCAUAGGACUCCCACUUCUCAGCACAACACAAUGGAAAUUGAUGGCAAUAAAGUGAUGUCUUCAUUUGCCCCGCACAACUCAUCUACCUCACCCUUGAAGGCAGAAGAAGGUGGGCGUCAGAGUGGAGAGUCAUUGUCCAGCACAGCCCUGGGAACUCCUGAAAGGCGUAAAGGCAGCCUAGCAGAUGUUGUAGACACCUUAAAGCAAAGAAAAAUGGAAGAGCUCAUAAAAAAUGAGCCUGAAGAAACUCCCAGUAUUGAAAAGCUACUAUCAAAGGACUGGAAAGACAAGCUUCUUGCCAUGGGAUCAGGGAACUUUGGAGAAAUAAAAGGGACUCCAGAAAGCCUAGCUGAGAAGGAAAGGCAGCUCAUGGGCAUGAUCAAUCAGCUGACCAGUUUGCGGGAGCAGCUGCUAGCAGCUCAUGAUGAACAGAAGAAACUGGCUGCAUCACAAAUUGAGAAACAACGCCAGCAAAUGGAGCUGGCUAAGCAGCAACAGGAACAGAUUGCAAGACAACAGCAGCAGCUCCUGCAGCAGCAACACAAAAUUAACCUUCUUCAGCAACAGAUCCAGGUACAAGGUCAGCUGCCUCCAUUGAUGAUUCCAGUGUUCCCUCCAGACCAACGAACCCUAGCAGCAGCUGCUCAGCAAGGAUUCCUCCUUCCUCCUGGUUUCAGCUACAAGGCAGGAUGCAGUGACCCUUACCCUGUUCAGCUGAUCCCAACUACCAUGGCAGCUGCUGCCGCAGCAACACCAGGCUUAGGCCCACUCCAACUGCAGCAGUUGUAUGCUGCCCAGCUUGCUGCAAUGCAAGUAUCUCCAGGUGGCAAGAUACCUGGCAUACCCCAAGGCAACCUUGGUGCUGCUGUAUCCCCUACCAGCAUCCACACAGACAAGAGCACAAACAGUCCUCCACCCAAAAGCAAGGAUGAAGUGGCCCAGCCACUGAACCUCUCAGCUAAACCCAAGACAUCUGAGGGAAAAUCUCCAACAUCACCCACCUCUCCUCAUAUGCCAACUCUGAGAAUAAACAGUGGGGCCAGUUCACUCAAAUCCUCUGUGCCGGCAACAUUAGCUAGUCCUUCAGCCAGAGUUAACACAAUAGAUAUUCUUUCUUCUAUCACGUCGUCAGGUUAUUUAAAUGACCACGAUGCUGUUACCAAGGCAAUCCAGGAGGCCCGCCAGAUGAAGGAGCAACUUCGGAGGGAACAACAGGUGCUUGAUGGGAAGGUGGCUGUUGUGAAUAGUCUGGGUCUCAAUAACUGCAGGACAGAAAAGGACAAAACAACACUGGAGAGCCUGACUCAACAGCUGGCAGUAAAACAGAAUGAAGAUGGGAAGUUUAGCCAUGCUAUGAUGGAUUUCAACAUGAGUGGUGAUUCUGAUGGAAGUGCAGGUGUGUCAGAAUCUAGAAUUUAUCGGGAAUCCAGAGGGCGUGGAAGUAAUGAACCCCAUAUCAAGCGUCCAAUGAAUGCCUUCAUGGUGUGGGCUAAAGAUGAGCGAAGGAAGAUCCUUCAAGCCUUCCCUGACAUGCACAACUCCAACAUUAGCAAGAUACUGGGAUCUCGCUGGAAAGCUAUGACAAACCUAGAGAAGCAGCCAUACUACGAGGAGCAGGCCCGACUCAGCAAGCAACAUCUGGAGAAAUACCCAGACUAUAAAUACAAGCCCAGGCCGAAGCGCACCUGUCUUGUGGAUGGCAAAAAACUGCGGAUCGGCGAAUACAAAGCAAUCAUGCGCAACAGGCGACAAGAGAUGAGGCAAUAUUUUAAUGUUGGGCAACAAGCACAGAUUCCUAUCGCUACCGCCGGUGUAGUCUACCCAGGAGCCCCUCCUCUGCCAUCAGAGCACUCGAGUGUGUCCAGCAGCCCAGAGCCCGGCAUGCCAGUCAUCCAGAGCACUUACGGCAUCAAAGGUGAGGAGCCUCAUAUCAAAGAGGAGAUACAGGCCAAUGACAUCAAUGGAGAAAUCUACGAUGAGUACGACGAGGAAGAGGAUGACCCUGAUGUGGACUAUGGCAGUGACAGUGAAAAUCACAUUGCAGGGCAAGCCAACUGA